GACAAAAAAUACAAAAAAAAAAAUAAUUGGAAACAAAAAAAAUCUUUCCGGAUAGCCGAAGUCAGCCGAUAAGACAAAUAUGUAAUUCGUACCUUUUAUCAAAAAGAAAAUGAAGGACGAAAGAUGGAGUUUAUCUCUCCUUAAAUUCUACGUAAACGAUUGAGGGUUUUCAGAGCUUUAUUUUCAAUGCCGAAAAUGUCCCCUUGACGUUUUACCGCUCCAAGCCCACCUCACGUAAAGCAGCUAACGAAAUGCGGCUAUUGUUUUCAGGGAGGCGUGAUCAUUCUCAGCAAAACCUCUGAUCUCUACCUUAGACAUUCCAAGAUGAUAGUGCAGAUUUUUUUUUCAACUUUCUGGAUAAGUCCUGAAGAAUACACAAAUAUCUAGUCACUUAAAGUCUCGCUCAGACAACGUAUUCUAGAGCCGUUGAAAACACAAUAGUUUUGUGCAAUGCUGUCCAAACUUUUUUUGGAGUGGCCACAGAAGUGGUCAAAAGGCCUAUUCAAUGGGCACUUUUUCCAAAACCUAAGAAAAACAGUGAAAACAAGUCGAGAUUCCGUUUUUGCAAUUAUUUUCGAUUGGUAAUGCGACGUAUAAUAAAUUUCUAUUUUCUAUGAGUUAAUAUUAAUCGAAACAAUGAUUGUUUAUUUAAAAUUAAUGUGACGGAUGAUAUUCGUUUUUUCUGUCAAUUUAUCAAAGUCUGGCUUCGAUUGGAUUAGUUCGCAACGAAGUUCGGAUUCCAAAUUUUGUUUUGUUGCGCGAGGCUUGAGAAUGAUGCUUCACAAACGUACUAUGUGGAAGCAAACAUGCAUAACAACUUUGGUACAAUGUCUUUGAGAAGAAGAAAUUAUAUUCAGAUAAAAAACGCCUCAACAAAGCAUCGUCUGUUUCAUUUUGCAAGGCCACUUGCUUCAUUUAUCAACGAAAAAUCGUUCGUUCGUCGAUUCGUUUUCCUUGUUCCAAAAAGAUCUGACAGUUUUUGAAUAUUAUUUGAGUCACAAACGAAUGGGUUUUUGAGAAAUUUGAAUACCAACUGAAACUUUUGGAAAUCUUCAAAUCGUGAAUCGAACGCGUUAAUCAAAGUAUCAAUGUAUUGAAUGAAAAUGUUCGUAUCGUAACCAAGCUCAAGUAUAUUGAUUUGUGUCUAACACUGGGAAGUAAGUAAAAUCAUUUUCGUUUAAUUUGGUUUUUAAAUGCGGCCAAUUUCAACUUGAUUUUGUCAAGAUGAAAUCGCUUCGGUUAACAUUUCAAAUCGUUUUUUGAAAAAAAUUAGAAUCAUUAUUUGAAAUAGCCAAGUGGCUACUAGUUUGGACAGCACUGGUUUUGUGCAUGUAUUUUUUUUCUAACUUCUAUGGAAUGCUUCUUUUUUACGAACGUCAUUCGAAUGCGUUUUAGUUGAAACAGAAAAAGUAAUAAAAAACACCUUGUUUUCAACAACAACAACACUUUUAAUAAUAUGAAUGGUAAAACCCCUUCAAAAAACGCUUAACAAGUAUGGAGUCAACAGUCGAGUGUCGCUAGCAGCACCGAACCCUCAUCCCCAGCCAUUUCGGAUACUUAUUCACAUGAAACACCCAGUGGGGAAAUGUCCAUUAGUAUAACUAGCGCCGAGGGUAGUGUUAACAUACUGCCCGUAGCUGAGGAACUUGCCAAAUUCUUUCCGCAAUUGGAUGACGAGGAUUUGAAUGCGGUUUCGGUGUAUACCCCGAUGAAUACCGAUGCUUUAGAUGUUGAUCCCGAUGGCGUAUUCAUCUUCGGCGGUGGCAGUAGUCGUGGUGAUGCGAGCGCAUGCCUUACACCGGUUAGCUUUGGUAUGGACAUCAGCAUGAUUGCGAAUAAGGGAUCGAUGACACUAUCAGUCGAUGGCUUCGAAGAUGAGGAUGAGACUACACUCUCAGCCGCCACAACCCCAUCGCUACCUGUAGAUGAGCCAAAACUAGAGACCUGUUAUUGUUGUCCUACACAUGCGGAAAUGGCCGAGCCACCAGAAGUAGAUGUCGAUGACACAUUCGACUUAGCAUUACCCGAACCACUUAAGAUACCUGAAACUAAAAUUAUAAGUUCCUCACCAGAAACAAACACUUUCGGCGAACCCACAUCAUUACCGCCAUUACCACUUUGUGUCGGCGGCGACACGGCCGGUAUGCAACGACGUGGUGCACGCAAAGCAAACGACCCAAUAUCGCCGAAAAUUAAAAAACAAAUAAGUCUCUUCGAAGGUGGUGAAUAUGAACGGCAAAAAGAAUACAACAAUCUUCAUGCAUCCAUCAACAUACCGUCUGCUUCCACGCUAAAACAGGAUGCACGUUUGCGCAAAUUCGAGACACUCACACAGUCUACGUCGAAUUCAAAUUUCCCCUUCGCCAGUAACACUUUGAAGCGCGUACAGCAUAACACUUCCGAAUUGGAUGAUGUCAGUCAUACACAAUCUUGUAUUAAUUUAAAGAGCUCGUUAUGUGGCGGUUCGCCGGCUCAAUCAGCUUCCGGUUCGCCGCAACAUAAAGCUGGGACAAUUGCAAUUGUUACGCAACCCGGUGUGGCUGCAAAUACAACUACUGCAGCAGCAGCUCCCAAUGCCGCCGGUACGGACACAUUUGCUAUUGCUGGUGCUGGUGGCUGUGGUCCGCCUCGUCCUGGUGCUUUGAUUGUUAAAGAACGUUUUAUUGAACCACCCAAACGCAUUCCGCGCAAUUUUCACAGUAAAACUCAGUCGAUGGACGCUGACUUUUUAUUUAACGAAUUUCUUCUGGUGCCCGCGCGUUCGCCUACACAUAUACCUAUUUCACCAGAUGGCGGCAGUCAUGCGAGUAGCGCCAACACGUCACCUUUAUCGCGAUCCAACUCACGAUUUAUGGCAACCAAAAUAGUGGAUGACAUGGCAACACUGCAGCGAAAGUGAAUAAAAAAUCAGUCCAUUGAAAAAUUAAUAAUAAUGUUAUUCCAAUUAAAUAAUAUAAGCUGUUAAUAGAAGUGACCUGAAAUAGUCGUGGGGAAAACUUGAAACUUUGAAGAUGUCUAGCUAAAGAAUUUAAGAAAUUGUUUAACUACAUAAAUACUUAAGAAAUCAAUAUUCCAAAUUAAUUGUUAUUUUUCCUAUGAUCAGGGGAAAUCCGAGUCCUUAUGUGCUACAUAACCUAGAUUUGUGCUAAUAAAGUCUAAACCAAAGUUUAACUCUGUAAACAUUA